AACGUCGCCGUCUAUUUACCAGAUGAAACACCUCUGGACUGGCUUAAAAAACAUAAGUUCAGAGUGAAAAUGUAAUAGACUCUACGCGAAAUAGGAAAGAAUGAAGUGGCUCAGCUUAUUUUGGUUACCUCUCGUUGCUGGAUGCAAAAUUGCAAACUUCACCAAAGAAGAUGGAAUGGCUCUAAAGAAUCACGUGAUAGAAACUGUCACGGUAUUUCAACCGGUAGCUUGUCACUGGCAAUGUGUGGACUCUCCUCUGUGUUUCUCUGUGAACAUCAGAAAGCUACCCAAUGGGUGGGUCACGUGUGAGCUGAACAAUUCCAGCAAAACCGCUGACCCACAAGAUUUGCAACCGAGCAUCGGAAGCCAGUACCAUCAACUGACGGAAACUUCGCACUGCACCUUGGAAGAAUGUACCUACAAAGACGCCCUACCUGAUGGUUGGCUUAUGGUCGGGUCAAAACGCAUCAAGUUGUUUCACGAAAGAAAAACUUGGGGACAGGCAAAAAAGUUCUGUAAUUCAAUUGGUGGAGAGCUGGUGUCAAUCAUACGCGCGUACGAAAAUGAUAUUGUCGCUAAUUUAAUCGGUCAAGUCGACACGAGUGCAGCAGGUGAAAAGCCUUAUCACAUCAUAGCACGCUGGCUUUUGGAUGGAACCGACAAUGACGUCAGCCUCCUCAAUGGAGCAAGGUACGAAGAGGAUAAUGAGGAAAAGUCGUUGUACUUGGACGGAGCGGGUGCCCAUGCUACGACCCCAGCGGUUAACUUUGACAAGACUAGUUUUACCAUGGCCAGCUGGGUGAAACUUCGAACGCCUGUCAAUGAUCCGUCACCUAUUUACAGCGACUGGAAAAGUGACACG